AUUGCUGCCUGUACAAGGGGAGAUGUUCCAGUCGUCCAGCGACUGCUGGAAAGUUGGGGCACCACCCGGGAUGUUGCGGCAGACACAACUGGAAUACCACCGCUUCUGUUUGCCUGUCUAGGCGGACAUGAGGCGAUCGUUGGAAUACUUUUGCGAGCUGGUGCAAGCCCCAACUUCGAAACAACAAAAGGAGGAACUGCUCUUCAAAUCGCCUGUAUGAAACAGAGCGAAGCUAUUGUCAAACAUCUAAUACGUGCUGGCGCCCAUGUGAAUACACCACCAACAGCUCACAACGGACGGACUGCCCUUCAAGCCGCCUGCGAAAAUGGGCACGAAACCAUCGCUGACCUCCUGAUUGCAGCUGGAGCCGAUGUGAAUGCACCACGGUCAAAAGGCGACGGACGGACUGCCCUUCAAGCCGCCUGUGAGAAUGGGCACGAUACCAUCGCUGAGCGCCUGAUUGCAGCUGGAGCCGAUGUGAAUGCACCACCGUCAAGAGACUACGGACGGACUGCCCUUCAAGCCGCCUGCGAAAAAGGGCACGAUACCAUCGCUGAGCGCCUGAUUGCAGCUGGAGCCAAUGUGAAUGCACCACGGCCAAAAGGCGACGGACGGACUGCCCUUCAAGCCGCCUGCGAAAAAGGGCACGAUACCAUCGCUGAGCGCCUGAUUGCAGCUGGUGCCAAAGUGAAUGCACCACCAACAGCUCGCAACGGACGGACUGCCCUUCAAGCCGCCUGUGAGAAUGGCCACGAAACCAUCGCUGAGCGCCUGAUUGCAGCUGGAGCCGAUGUGAAUGCACUACCGGCAGAAUACAUGGGAAAGACUGCCCUUCAAGCCGCCUGCGAAAAAGGGCACGAUACCAUCGCUGAGCGCCUGAUUGCAGCUGGAGCCGAUGUGAAUGCACCACCGGCAGAAUACAUGGGAAAGACUGCCCUUCAAGCCGCCUGUUUGAAUGGCCACGAUACCAUCGCUGAGCGCCUGAUUGCAGCUGGUGCCAAAGUGAAUGCAGCAGCAGGAUAUCACGACGGACGGACUGCCCUUCAAGCCGCCUGCGAAAAAGGGCACGAUAUCAUCGCUGAGCGCCUGAUUGCAGCUGGAGCCGAUGUGAAUGCACCACCGUCAAAAGGCGACGGACGGACUGCCCUUCAAGCCGCCUGCGAAAAAGGGCACGAUACCAUCGCUGAGCGCCUGAUUGCAGCUGGAGCCGAUGUGAAUGCACCACCGGCAGAAUACAUGGGAAAGACUGCCCUUCAAGCCGCCUGUGAGAAUGGCCACAAUACCAUCGCUGAGCGCCUGAUUGCAGCUGGUGCCAAAGUGAAUGCAGCAGCAGGAUAUCACGACGGACGGACUGCCCUUCAAGCCGCCUGCGAAAAAGGGCACGAUACCAUCGCUGAGCGCCUGAUUGCAGCGGGAGCCCAUGUGAAUGCACCACCGGUAAGAAGCAAAAGGACUGCUCUUGGGUAUGCCCGGAAAGAGGGACACGGAACGAUCGUCCAGCUUUUGCUCGCAGCGGGAGCCGAGGAAUGA